GUGCUUCAUAGUGCCACCUGGAAACUUUUUUUUUUUUUUUUAAUACUGAAUUCAUGAAUGCAGGUCAUAAGCAUGAAGCGCAGUUCAGUUUCUACCGGUGGUGCUGGCCGCCUAUCUAUGCAGGAGUUAAGAUCCCAAGACCUCAAUAAACAAGGCCUCUAUACCCCUCAAACCAAAGAAAGGCCACCCUUUGGAAAGUUGAAUAUGACCAAACCCACAUCUGAAAGAAAAGUCUCUGUAUUUGGUAAAAGAGCUAGUGGAACUGGAUCCCGGAAUAGUCAAUUUGGUAUAUUUUCCUGUUCUGAAAAAAUCAAGGACCCAAGACCACUUAAUGACAAAGCAUUCAUUCAGCAGUGUAUUCGACAACUCUGUGAGUUUCUUACAGAAAAUGGUUACGCAUAUAAUGUAUCCAUGAAAUCUCUACAAGCUCCUUCUGUUAAAGACUUCCUAAAGAUCUUCACUUUUCUUUAUGGCUUCCUGUGCCCUUCGUAUGAAUUGCCUGACACAAAGUUUGAAGAAGAGGUUCCAAGAAUCUUUAAAGGGCUUGGGUAUCCUUUUGCAUUAUCCAAAAGCUCCAUGUAUACCGUAGGGGCCCCUCAUACAUGGCCUCACAUUGUGGCAGCCUUGGUUUGGCUAAUCGACUGCAUUAAGUUACAUACUGCCAUGAAAGAAAGCUCACCUUCAUUUGAUGAUGGCCAGCCUUGGGGAGAAGAAACUGAAGAUGGAAUCAUGUAUAAUAAGUUGUUUUUGGACUACACUGUAAAAUGCUAUGAGAGCUUCAUGACUGGUGCCGACAGCUUUGAGGAGAUGAAUGCAGAGGUGCAGUCAAAGCUGAAGGAUUUAUUUAAUGUAGAUGCUUUCAAACUGGAAUCAUUAGCAGCAAAAAACAAAGCACUGAAUGAACAGAUCGCAAGAUUGGAACAAGAAAGAGAAAAAGAACCGAAUCGUUUAGAAACAUUGAGAAAACUGAAAGCUUCUUUACAAGCAGAUGUUCAAAAAUAUCAGGCAUACAUGAGCAAUUUGGAGUCUCAUUCAGCCAUUCUGGACCAGAAAUUGAAUGGUCUUGAUGAAGAUAUUUCUAGAAUAGAACUAGAAUGUGAAACAAUGAAACAGGAGAAUACUCGACUACAGAAUAUUGUUGAUAACCAGAAGUACUCAGUUGCAGACAUUGAGAGAAUAAAUCAUGAAAGAAAUGAAUUGCAGCAGACAAUUAAUAAAUUAACCAAGGACCUGGAGGAUGAACAGCAGCAGUUGUGGAAUGAGGAGUUAAAAUAUGCCAGAGGCAAAGAAGCGAUUGAAACACAAUUAGCAGAGUAUCACAAGUUGGCUAGAAAAUUAAAACUUAUCCCUAAAGGUGCUGAGAAUUCUAAAGGUUAUGACUUUGAAAUUAAGUUUUAUCCUGAAGCUGGUGCCAACUGCCUUGUCAAAUACAGAGCUCAAGUUUAUGUACCACUCAAGGAACUCUUGAACCAAACUGAAGAAGAAAGUAAUAAAGCUCUAAAUAAAAAAAUGGGGUUAGAUGAUACUUUAGAACAAUUAAAUACAAUGAUAAUGGAAAGCAGAAGAAGUGUAAGAACUCUGAAAGAAGAAAUUCAAAAGCUGGAUGACCUCUACCAACAAAAAGUGAAGGAAGCUGAGGAAGAGGACAACAAAUGUGCCAAUGAGCUGGAGUCCUUGGAGAAACACAAGCACAUGCUGGAGAGUGCUGUUAAUGAGGGCCUCAGUGAAACUAUGAAUGAAUUAGAUUCUAUUCAGCGGGAAUACCAACUAGUUGUACAGACCACAACUGAAGAAAGACGAAAAGUGGGAAAUAAUUUGCAGUGUCUUUUAGAGAUGGUUGCCACACAUGUAGGCUCUGUGGAGAAACACCUUGAGGAGCAGAUUGCUAAAGUUGAUAGAGAGUAUGAAGAGCAUGUGUCUGAAGAUCUCUUGGAAAAUAUUAGAGAGAUUGGAGAAAAGUAUAAGAAGAAAGCUGCUCUAAUUAAAUCUUCUGAUAAAUGAAGAUAAAAAUGUUGAUUAUCUAAGCAAGAACUUUAUUAACAUUGUAAAUUUCAAAAUGUCCUUUGAGGUUUGAAAAAUCUCUUAACAUAUCCUAUACCCAUUCUUACAAUGAAGUCUCAUGACCACAUCAUCCCAUACUUGUGAAAUAUUUUGUAGCUUUUAUAAAUCUAGUUCAUUAACUUAAAGUGUGUAUAACCUGAAAUUAUGAAAAUUUGUUGGUUUGUUGUUUUUAGAUAUGAGUACCAGUUAUAUUAUGCACCCAGAGUUAAUAAAAUGUUAACAUGAAAGUGUGGAGGGUUUUUUUCCUGGUUUUUCUGCCUAUCUUCAGAUGGUUUGAAAGGUAU